GCCCCCACAAGCUUAAUUCGACAUCAACACAAAUCACAGAAUGCCUGCAGAAGACGAGUCCUCUCCCCUUCUCCCUCGACCUUCAUCCUCUUUGCAAACCCAAACAAUGGCAAGCAGUGCGAUUUUCUGGAAAGUUGCUGCCAUUUCUGGUGCGACCGCUGUCGGCUUCGGGGCCUUUGGAGCUCACGGUCUCAAGAAGCGGAUUGCAGACCCCGCGAAACUAGCGAGCUGGGGAACUGCUGCCCAGUACCAGUUGAUCCACUCCGUCGCGCUGCUCAUGGCUUCCGGCAAUCCAGUCGCCGCCUCACUCUUCACUGCCGGCAUGACAAUGUUCAGUGGAUCCAUCUACGCUUUGACGUUGAACCCUGAAAAGUUCAAGUUUCUGGGCCCGGUCACGCCAAUCGGCGGAGUCUGUCUCAUUGCUGGGUGGUUGGUGUUGGCUUUUGGCAAGAGGGGAAGUCCUCCCAGGUUCCCGAGAUUUUAGGUAUCGUGAUGCUCACAAGGCGGAACUGGAAUUACUAAAUAAAUCAUCUCAACUCUGACAAGGGAAAGAUCGUUGCUAUGA